UCUGCAGCUAUUACUAUUCCGCUCACCCAUAAUUAUUUCGGAUCAGAGGAAGCGCGAAGAAUCCCAUCGACAUCAGACACUCGCACCAAGUGCCCGUUCCCCGAUGAUUCUCUUCACCGUAGGAAAUAAAGAGACGAUCCCCUGUUCCGAUACCUACACCCGGGAUUACUCGUACGGACUUAAUCCCGAGGCCCGAGAUAUUGGCGCUCCACAGUCGUUCUUUCACAAUGCCGUCUUCAUUAGAAAUGCCGUUUUGUAUACUCUGUUAUCACUCACGACUCGUAUCAUCCGCAUGCCAGCUCCACUACUGAUGAGAUUUAUCAAAAAUUUGUUGCACUCCGACACGAACAUAGACUUCGUGCAAAAAUGGGUUAAAAAGGACCGUGGACGGAGGGUCAAUUCAAUCCGCGGCACCCCACGAAGGAUUGUUGAAAGGAUGCGAUCAACGGACGAACCGACCUGAACAUAUGUACCAUGUGGGUUUCAUUUGGAUCGAUCGAUCGUGGCUCGAACAGUUUCGUAACAGAGUUCAGGGCGCAUUCAGCAGCCCCGGCGGCGAGAGGGGGAUGAACCACGGACUGGAUAUCUCAUAUUUGAUCCCUGAAAGUUAUAUCAUUUGGUUCUUGUUGCACGUUUAAUACCAGUAAAUACGGUAGCAAAAAAAUACG